CUAGAGACACCCGUGUUUCCGAUACAAAAGGGAUCACUGAACCUCCUGAGGCAGAAAUGGGAAUCCAGCGAUUACCAGAGAAGUGGGUGCUGGCCUGAGGACAGUUGGUGCAGGCUCCCUCAGCCCAGGGAAAGCCCAUUGGCACCGGAGCCUCCAGAUCCUCUCAGUCUGCCCUGCAGCCCAGGGGAAGAGAUGCUCAGUGCAGAGACUGAAGAGGAGAGUCCUGAGGAUGAGACUGACCGCUCUCGGGAAUGCGGCCGGCCUGAAGUUCUGAAGGAAGCUUCCCUGACUGGACGCCGUAGAAUCGAGCGCUUUUCCAUUGCCUUGGAUGAGCUAAGGAGUGUGUUUGAGGGUCCCAAAUGUGGAAGCCAAUGGACUGGACCAGCUCAAUACACUGGAAAGGAAGUGGAAAUUGAGCGAAGCUUAUGUUCACCAACCUUUAAGAGUCACCCUGGGAGCCAGUCAGAUGACUCCGGGAAAGAUUCAGACAAGAAAGGCAAGGAAACACCCUUUGACAAGAUGUCACCUGAAAGUGGUCACAGCCACAUCUUUGAAGUGACUGUUGACCCUACAAAGCCCACAGAAGUCACUGCUGCAGGAAGCAAGGGCGUGUCAGAUCUCCAAGAGGUUGUCUCCUUGAAAGAGAGGAUGGCAAGGUACCAGGCAGCUGUUUCCAGGAGUGACUGCCACAGCUUCUCAGCAAAUGUGAUGGAAGAAGCAGAAAUGUGCUCAGUGCCUGGUGGUUUGGCCACAGUGAAGAAACACUUUGAGGAUGAAAUGGCCUCAUCCUGUAAUGCCUUUUCUCAGUACCAACACCAACAUCAGAGCAGAUCUGAGCAGGAGGUAAUGCUUCGCAGUCAAGAUAUGAAAAGAAAUGAACAAGAAACUUCCAAAAGACACGGAACUGAUGUUCUCAAAACAGAAAUGGUCUCCCAUCUUGAAAAGCAUGCUGAGGAGAUAAACAAAACUUCUCAAUUCCAGCAAUAUGUUCAAGAGACAGUGAUUGACACACCCGAGGAUGAAGAGAUUCCUAAGGUUUCAACUAAGCUCUUAAAAGAGCAAUUUGAAAAAUCUGCCCAGGGUAAGGUCCUCUAUGCUGACACAGAGACAACAUCCCCAGCCAAGCAGAUUAAGAUCAAAAGUGAACAUGAAGCAACUUUUAAACCGUCAUCAGCUGUGGGCACGUCUUCUGCUUCUUACACAUCAAGUAGCCAGGUGAAGGAAACAUCAGCUUCAACCUACAGCGAAUGUGGUGUUUCUUCCUCAAAGUCUGCACAAGUUAACGCCACACUUUCAAGAAAAAUGGAAGAAUUUCCUCCUCCCCCACCUGAUGCACUUCAAACUCCAAUAGAUGUGACAGCAUUUUCCCAGUCCCCUGAAUUCCCCAGCCUUCCAAGCAAACUACCAAUCCCCAAAGAUUUAUAUUCCAAACAAAGAAAUUUGUAUGAAUUGAAUCGAUUAUAUAAACACAUCCAUCCAGAGUUAAGAAAAAACUUAGAGAAAGCUUAUAUCAAUGAGGUUUCUGAAAUUGUAUCUAGCCAAAUGGAGUCGGGGAACUCGGCCACAGCAGAUGUGCAGCAAGCCCGGUAUGUUUUUGAAAACACAAAUGACAGGUCUCAGAAAGAUCUGAAUUCAGAUAGAGAAUACUUGGAGUGGAAUGAAAUUCUGAAAGGGGAGGUGCAGUCCAUAAGAUGGAUCUUUGAGAAUCAGCCACUAGAUUCUAUCCACAAUCAUUCUCCAGAGCCAGGUAAUGUUUCCAACAAUACUGCUGACCACGAAAUCAUUGCUGGCAACGAUGUGAAGUACACUACAUGGAUGUUUGAAACACAGCCCAUAGAUACACUGAGCAUCCCUUCUUCUGUCACUGAAGUAAAUGCUAAGAAAAUUCCUGAGCUAGCCAAAGGUGAUGUCCGCACAGCCCGGUGGAUGUUUGAAACAAGGCCCUUGGAUUCAAUGAAUAAAAUGCAUCAAAGUCAAGAAGAAGGUACAUCAAUGGUUACUAAGGACAUAGUGGGAGGAGAUGUUAAGACCGUCAGAUAUAUGUUUGAGACCCAACAACUGGAUCAACUUGGACAACUUCAUUCCGUAGAUGAGGUUAACUUAUUGCAACUCAGGUCUGAGCUCAAAGAAAUUAAAGGGAAUGUUAAGAGAAGUAUCAAAUGUUUUGAGACCCAACCAUUAUAUGUUCUUAGAGAUGAUUUUGGUCAAAUGCUAGAGAUUAAAACCGUUCACAGAGAAGAUAUUGAAAAGGGCGAUGUAAGAACAGCACGUUGGAUGUUUGAGACACAGCCCCUUGACACAAUUAACAAGGAGAUCACAGAAAUUAAAGUUGUCCGGGGAAUAUCUAUGGAAGAAAAUGUCAAAGGUGGAGUGAGUAAGGCAAAGUGGUUAUUUGAAACUCAACCUCUGGAGAAAAUCAAAGAAGAGUCAGAAGAGGUCAUCACUGAAAAAGAAAAAAUAAUAGGUGCAGAUGUGUCCCAUAAGUGCUGGAUGUUUGAAACACAGCCAUUAGACAUUCUAAAAGAAGUUUCUGAGGCAGAGCCUGUAUCACCUGAAGAGAUAGUAGGGGGUGAUGUACAAACCACCAAGCACCUAUUUGAAACACUGCCAAUAGAGGCUAUAAAAGACAGUGCUGAUGUAGGGAAGCUUCAAAAAAUCACUGCCUCUGAAGAAGAAAGAGGAGAUGUUAGACAUCAAAAAUGGAUUUUUGAGACCCAACCGCUGGAAGAGAUCAGAGAAAAUAAAAAAGAGUACACACAUACAGUGAAACUUGAAGAAGUUGACAGAGGAGAUGUCAGGAAAUAUACACACAUCUUUGAAUCGAACAACUUAGUUAAACUUGAUGCAUCACAUAAAAUAGAAGUGGAAGGAGUCACACAAGGUUCUGUGGAAUGGAAUAAAUCUCUCUUUGAGACGACACCACUGUAUGCUAUUCAAGAUCAUCUUGGACAAUAUCAUCAAGUAAAGACAGUCCAACAAGAAGAAAUCCUACGAGGUGAUGUGAGAAGUUGCAGAUGGCUUUUUGAAACAAGGCCCAUUGACCAGUUUGAUGAAAGUCUUCAUAAGUUUCAGAUAAUUAGAGGAAUAUCUGCCCAAGAAAUGCAGGCAGGAAAUGUGAAAUCUGCUAAAUGGUUGUUUGAAACCCAACCUCUUGAUUCAAUUAAAUAUUUUAAUAACAUAGAAGAAACAGACAGCAAAUCUGAGCAAGCUAUAGAUAUUGUCAAAGGUGAUGUCAAGACCUGUAAAUGGCUUUUCGAAACCCAGCCAAUGGAAUCUCUUUACGAAAAGGUUUCAUUAAUGACUGACCGAGAGGAAAUUCAUAAGGGAGAUGUCAAAACUUGUACUUGGCUCUUUGAAACUAAGCCACUUGAUACCAUAAAAAAUGACUCUGAAACAACUGCAAAAUUGCAAACUGUGAAACAGGAUGAUGUUCAUGGUGGCGAUGUUCGUACAGCAUGUCUUCUUUUUGAAACAGAAAAUUUGGACAGCAUACAAGGAGAGGAAGGAAAGGAAAUCAAGCCUCCGGAAAUGGAUAUCCAAGCUGGGGAUGUCUCCAGCAUGACGUAUAAAUUUGAAAGUCAGUCUUUAGACUCCAUCAGUUCUAGUUCAGCAGAAGUUCUGAAACAAAUCAAAACUCUAAAAUCUGAAGAUAUUCAGAAAGGCAAUGUUUUAAACUGUAGGUGGCUGUUUGAAAACCAACCUCUUGAUUUGAUCAAAGAAAGUCAAGAAGGUGACGGACUGGUUAAGACAGUGACAGACAUACAAGGUGGAGAUGUGAGAAGGGGAUGCUUUAUUUUUGAGACUUAUUCUUUAGAUGAGAUUAAAAAAGAAUCUGACUAUAUCAGCACCAAGAAAACAAUCACUGAUGAAGCAAUAAAGGGUGAUGUAAAAAAUUACAGAAUGCUAUUUGAAACCCAGCCUCUAUAUGCUAUUCAGGAUCAAGAAGGCUGUUAUCAUGAAGUAACAACUGUGAAAAAAGAAGAAGUAAUUCAUGGAGAUGUUCGGAGAACAAGGUGGCUUUUUGAAACAAAGCCUCUAGACUCAAUUAAUGAAUCAGGAAAUGUGUAUGUUAUUAAGUCAGUCACACAAGAGGAUAUUCAGAAAGGAGACGUUAGUUCUGUCAGAUACAGAUUUGAAACCCAGCCAUUGGAUCAGAUUUCAGAAGAAUCACACAAUAUUGUGCCCACUGUUGAUAAUAUUCAAGGUGGCAACGUGAAGUCAAGCAAACGAUUCUUUGAGUCUGAACAUGGUGGUCAGAAUAAUUAUAUAAGAACAGUAAGUGUCAAUGAAAUACAAAAGGGCAGUGUUAAAACAUCCACCUGGUUAUUCGAAACCCGCACUAUGGAGGAGCUGAGAGGAGAAGGGUCAGAAUACAAAAAUGUCAAGACAGUCACCCAGGAAGAAAUGCAGAAGGGUGACGUGAAGCAGGCAGUGUGGCUUUUUGAAAACCAAACGUUGGAUUCUAUUAAGGAAACAGAUGAAAACACCACAACACUGACCAAGGAAGAAAUUCCUCUUUCUGAUGUGAAGACAACUACUUGGCUAUUUGAAACCACACCUAUGCAUGCCUUCAGUGAAAAUCGGAUUGAAAGGGUAGAGAUUAUUGGCAAAAGCAUUAAAGAAACACUAGCAGAUCUUUACUCUCAAAAAGUUAUUGAGUCUCCUGGGAUUAUCAUAGAAGCUGAUGAAGUUGGGGAUGUCCGAAUGGCAAAAUACAAGCUAAUGAACCAGACAUCUCCUGAGAUACAGAAAGAAGAGGUCAUCAGAGUUGAUCUCAGAAAUAUAGUCAUGAAUUUGCUUUCCCAAAGAGACUAUAUAAAAAAUAAGAUAUUGGUUAGUGAAGAGGAGAAAGGAAAUGUUAACUUGACCAAAUCACAAUUAUUAAAUACAUCAACAAAAUUUCAUGCUGAAAAGGAAGAGAUAGUGAGAGGUGAUGUACAACAAGCCAUAAAAAACCUGUUCUCAGAGGAAAAGUCAGCAAAGAAAGGGAUUGUAAUUCAGGAAGAUGAAAGAGGAGAUAUUAACAUGACAAUCUAUUGUCUUCUGCAUGAAAAUCCUAAUGACACAAUCAAGCGUGAAGAAGUAAUAGGAGGUGAUGUGAAACAUACUAUUCACCAUUUAGUCUCCUCUGCAUCAAAUAGCAAAGUCUCUGAAAGGGCUAAAAUUGACACUUCUGAGAGAGGAAAUGUUCAAUUUUUCACAACAUGCAUAGAAACAGGAGCUUUGGAUUAUCUCAAACAACUCCAGACAGGUUCAGAUGAAGCAUUAACAACUAGGAAGCUGGAAGAAGAGGAUGGAAUAAUCUCUGGUGAUGUUGAGGGGACAAAACUGUUACUAAAGAAAAGGCAGCCUCAGGUUGAACGAACUGUUAAUGAAACUGACAUCAUCCCCGGAGAUGUCCAGAAUACAGUUAAAGUUUUUAUGACAGAGCCUCAGAGUACAUCUGAUCUGAUACCCAAAGAAGAAAUUAUAAAAGAUGAUCUGAAAUCAACCCUGAAUUCCCUCAACCAGGCUAUAAAUAAAAAAACAGUGGCUAAAACGGAAGAAAUUAUAAAAGGUGACAUGAUGGCCACACUGAAGUCACUCAAAGAAUCAAGUGACAGAUGGAAGGAAUCAAAUCGACAGUCCAAUGUCAACCCUCCAGACAUUGAGCAAACUAUUGAGUGCCUUGAAAAGGCUACAAAUACCAAGACAGAAAUCCUGAAAAGGGAGAUUAUUCGAGAUGAUCUUGAAAUAUCAUUAAAGUCUUUGCAAGAAGCACACAGAGCUUUCAAAGAGGUAAAUAAAGAAGGUAUAAUGAAAAAGAAUGUCCAAACUGGAAUGGUAGGGUUCUCAGAAAGGGAGAACACAGAGACUCAUCAGAUGGCUAAACAGAGGGACCAAAAAAGUGUUUUUCAGCCAAGGCCAGGACUAUUGGAACCAGCAACUGCGUGGCAAGUGGAAGCAGACAUUGCCAAAGAAACUACAGGCAACACUGGUCAUGGGAUUUUAACGAAAGGAAGAACUGACAUUACUAUUCCAAGUGCCCCAAAAGGUACUGUAAAGAUAGUCAUAGAUCGUGAACAAAACAAUGAUGCUCUUGAGAAAAGCCUUAGAAGAAUAGGUAAUUCACAAUACAAAGCUAUGGCAAAUGUGUUGGAAAGAGGUGAUGAAAUAGGUGUCUGGACUGAGACCACCACCGAACAGCAACUUAACAAUGAGCAAAUGAACAAACAAUUAACCUCAUCUAUGCCAAGGAAGAGAAACCAAAAGGCUAUGGAAACAGAGACUAUGAGAAACCUCCAAAAGGAUGAUAUCUAUAACUCCACCCAGUGUAUUGAUAAAACACUUGGAACACAACACAUUCAAAACUGCAAAAUGAAGAAUAACCAUCAAAAGACUGAGGCUUCCCAUUCAUGGGCUCCUAAAAAUACCACAAAUGCUAAAUUAUCGAUAGAGACUCAAAACUGCACAUGCAGUCCCAGCCAGCAUCCAGUCAACCAGCCAGUUGGAGAAAAAUAUGAGGUGACAAGGGACUUUCAGAACCACACUCUCUUCAAGCGAGAAAAUCAAUAUUCUAAUGCAGAUACAAAGAAAAAUAACAUGAACCUUCGACCUUUGCCUGUAAAUCAAGACAUAUCAAAUGUAACAGAAGUGAAAACCGACAGUAAACAUUACAAUAAAUUCAAGGUAACUGACAAAGAACACAAAACCGAUGUCCAUCUGGAAAGCCAGGACUUUUUAAUGAAGACAAAUACUUCCGAAGAAUUAAAAAUGGCAAUGGAAAGGUCUUUUAAUCCAAUCAACCUUAACCCUGAAAAUAAUGUAAAAGAAAGUGAGUGCUCCCUUCCACCUCCAUCUCCACCUCCUCCUCCGCCUUCCAAUGCAUCAUCUGAAAUUGAAUUUCCUCUUCCUCCUCCACCUGCUUUAAUGCUGUUGCAUGAAAAAAAUGAGUUUCCUCCCUCAUCAUCCACCGAGAAGAUAAGAACUGACUUUGAAAGUGUCCCUGGCCUACCUCUUCCUCCUCCUCCACCAGUAGGUGAGAAAUCUGAAAGAGAAUGUCUAUCCAUGCUUCCUCCCUCUCCCCCUUCUCCCGCUCCAUCUCAAUCAGCACAUCCUCUUUCCACCUCUGUUCCAGAAAAGCAGAGUGAAGCAUUCAUGCAUCGAUAUUCCCCAGAAGAAGCCUCAAGAUCUCAGCAAACUCAUUCUCAGGCGAAAAUCACCAGAAGAAAAUCACCACCACCCACGUUGCCCAAACCCAAACUACCGAAGCAACUUGAAGCAAAAAUGAACUAUCUUUCCUCAAAAGUUGAAUCGGAAAGUUCUCUAUCUGAUAUGCAAAGCAAAACUACUCUCUCAGAGCAUCAGAAACAAACAAUGAUGGCAACUGGCUGGGAACACAGAGAGACAAAUCAGGAGGUACUCAGAAAGAGUCUUGAUGAAAGAAAACAACUAUCUAUUGACUCUGUCAAGUCUCUCUCACAGUCAGUUCUAACAUCUUCAGUCAUCAAAGGAAAAGAGACAGCACCUCUCAUAAAAUCCCACUCAUUUCCAUCAAGUUCAGAACAACAAAGUCCAAAGCCUUAUGUGAGAAAAUUUAAGACACCUUUAAUGAUUGCAGAAGAAAAAUACAAACAACAAAGAAAUGAGCUUGAAAAGCAGAGACAGGAGAAUUCUCAUUACAACAUUGUCAAAGCAGAAAGCCAAAAUCAAAGUGUAUCUGAGUUGGAGAAGAAAAUGCUGAUAAAAACAACAAACACAGAGGACUCUCUAGCCAGAAUGGAUACAGAGCUUCCUAUGGUCAAAUUCAACCCAGAUUCCCAAAGCAAUGCUGCAGUUCUAGACAUAUGCUCUGACAGCCAACACUCCAUGACUUCAGCAGUGACAGCUGCUACCAAGAAGCUCCAGGAUGUUCUAGCAGCCUCCAAAGAUAAAAGUAAUAUGAAAAAGGAAGUUCUACAGAACUCAAGGGAUAUUGUACAAUUGAAUUCAGCUUGUGAAAUUAACCAGGUUCAACAAGAACCCUGGGCACAGCAAAUACAACAGGAGAAGUAUCAGAAGCAGUUCCGCUUGUCCCAAUGCAAGGCAGUUUCUCCAAGUUUCAAAGUCAAAACCAUUAAACUUCCAACUCCAUUGAAUGAAACAGACCACAGCUUUGGAAGUUGCAUAAAACAAUCUGAAGUUGAGGCUCAGACCACUACCAAACAACUGCAUCAGGAAACUAAGAAAACUCAAACAAGCACAGAAUACAAAAAUGAGUCUGUGGCUGAAAAAUAUCGUCAACUACCUAAGAAGGAAAAAAGAAUGACAGUAUCAAUGCCUUCAAAAUCUGCAGAGAAAUGUCAUGACAGCAACCUCCAGAAAACUGCUGAGAUGACAAGUGAAUUUAGGCAAUCUGUGAGAGAGAAGCUUCCAGGGGAUAAAGGAAAUAAUCAGGGACUAUCAAUAAUGAGUCUAAAUGAACAGAGAUUAAUAGAUGAAAGACAACAAAUAUGUUUGAAGAAAAAGUCAGAACCAAAGGUAGUACAACAACAAAUGACUGAUGUUGAGUCACAGACUAGGAGUUUUCAGCAAACACAAAUGCAGACUUCUGAAAGUACAGCUGAACAUAACAAAUUGUCCACACCGUAUAAUACACUUCAGGAAACAAAAUGUGUCAGAGGCAAGGACACACCACAGAAACAAGUCUUUUCUGAGACUAAAGAUUCAAAGCAAGAGAUUACACAGAACAAAUCUUCAUUUUCCUCUGUGAAAGAAUCCCAGCAGGAAGAUGGAAAAGCUGCCAUAAAUAUACUGGAAUUCUUGAGAAAACGUGAAGAAAUACAAGAGGUCUUGUCAAGAAUAAAACAGUUUGAAGCAGAACCAAAUAAAAACAGUCUUAAAACCUUUCAGACACUGUUAAAUAUUAUUCCCUCCUGGCUGGUAAGUGAAGAAAGAAGAGACCAUGGGAUUCAGAUGUCCAUGGAGAAUAAUUUAGAAAAAAUCAAAGAAGAAAUAAUGCAUAUUAAAACCCAAGCUGAAGACAGGCUUGUGUCCUGUGAAGAUAUAAUUCAGUCCGCCAUGAUGGCCUCCAAAUCAGGAAAGCAGGAAACAAGAAGGCAUAAGCCUGCUAGCCUUAAUGACACAUCAUUCAAAGUGCUGAAUGUUAAUGCCAACUCUAAUAUAAACAGGAAACAGAAAGAACAUAAAAUCAUAGAAGAAAAAAUAGCUCACCAUCAAGUAGAAACGCAUCAUGAAGCAAUUGCUCAAGAUCAUGAACAAAAACAUCAGGAAAGGAAGCUAGAGAACAGCAAGAUUUCUCCUCCCUCUUUAAAAACUCCCCCACCAUCACCCACUUUCAUAACGAUUGAAUCCACUCGAAGACCAGAAACAUCCUCCAAGGAAGAGCUUUCUCAAGCCUCUAAAAAGGAGAACUGUCCUGAACCCUCACCAAGAGGAUCCAUGGUGCAAACACCUGGAACUCAAAAAGCAAACACCUCCCCUUCUCCACCCCGGAGUCGCUCUGAACAACUUGUCAAACUCAAAGACACCACGGCAAAGUUAUCCAGGGGGACCAUCCCAGGUCCUCCAGUGACCCCAGUUCCAAUUGUAGAGAAGAGGUCUGAAAUUGUCAUGUCUCCUGCAACUCUGCGUCGUCAAAUUAAGAUAGAGAAGCGAGGUGGGGACUCUCCACCUACAAUCACCAUACCUGUACAUGUAAAUCCUGUGGGCAGUGGAUCCUUCAGGGAAUCCGUGGGAGCUCAGGAGGAAGUGAGGAGAGUAGAGCAAAGGGAGAUGUAUGUUCACAAGGAUGGAGUCAAUGCCGGGGACAGCCUCAUGCCUGAUAGCCAGAGCUACGACGCGGUGGAAAUCAUCCGCAGGGUCGAGGGGCCUCGCCUGUCAGAACACACCCAGAGAUAUGAAGCUGCCAAUCGAACGGUUCAAAGGGCCGAGAACUUCGUCAAGGAGCGUGAAAAUGAAAUGGACAGAUGGUUCAGGGAAUUUGAGAAUGGCCCAGUUUUUGAAGCAAAAUCAGAGAAGAGAGUCUAUGCCAAUGGAGACGCACACCAUAACAGACAACAAGAGGGUCGUGCAUUCUGUAAGGACGAAUUUGGAUCUCUACUAAACCGUCAUUUUGCAGGCUUUGCUUACAAACAGCCUAGGGAACGGCAAGAAACAGUUUCUGUGCAGCAGCCCAGGGUUUGCUCUGACACGAGGUCUGUGAGCGAACGCUUCUCAGGCAUUGAGACCUUUGAGAGCCAAACUGUGGGCUCAAUGACAGCGUCCUCAUCGCUUAGGUCAGAGGCUGGCAAGUCAGCCCUCGACUUCAAGCACGCUCCUCCAACCUAUGAAGAUGUUAUCGCUGGCCACAUCUUAGAUAUCGCUGAUUCACCUAAAGAACGCAGGAGGGAUUUUCAAGAGACAUGGCAGGAAAGUGGGACGGUUUUUGAAAGCCUGGGAUAUAAAGCAUCAGAUGUAUCCACCACGGAGAUGAGGAGCGCUUUCCAGGAGUCUGCCUUUAUAAGUGAAACUGCCUCUCCAAGACAAGGAAAUAUGUAUACUUUGUCAAAAGACAGUUUACCCAAUGGAGUGCCUAGUAGCAGACAAGCAGAGUUUUCAUAA